AUGUCGCAGCAAGCUUCGCUCCAGAACACUCAGGAUCCCAACCCAACCCCAUCCGGAGCACAGGAACAGGAGUUUUCCUCGACCUUUGCAAAAGAAUCUGACUACAACGACCCCUACCAACCGAGCAUUGACUACCUCUACCCGAGUACUGUCCCCCAUACCACUCACACCCAGACAGACUUAAACUACAUUACCUGGGCCAUCAGACAUGCUACCAGCCAGAUCUGCCCACCCUCCGACAGGAUGGAAUACCUCGAAGAACAAUCGAUCACUCUCCGGAGAACAGUGGACACACUGAAACAUCAAAUCGAGGCGCAGACAAACAUGAUCACCAAUAUGCACUCGGCGAUCCACGCCCUCCUCAACAAACAACCACAACUGCAGCAACCGCAGCAUCCGCAACAACACCAACAACAACAACAACAGCGAAAACCACAACAACCGCAGGGACAGAGAAUGCCCCCUCCAGCGGUCCCCCAAACAGCAGGCACCUGGGCCACCGUGGCCUCGGCACCCGGUCCUGCUCAAGGAAAUUUCCAGGUUGCCGAGAGAAGAAAGAAGUCCGCAAAGCCAAAAGCGGACCCCCUCUUCAAACCAGAGUACACCAAAAUCAACAGGGAGAUCAUUGUUGAAACUACUGCCCCAUCCGACGUCAACCCAUCCGAGAUCAGGACCCUCGUCAACGCAAGAAUCCAAGAUGAGUCCUGUCAUUUCAUCUCAGCAAGAAGAACACCCAAGGACAACUUCAUCUUGGAAACAAAAUUCGUUACCCCUGCAACAAAGGCAAUGGAAUAUGCCAAAGAAAUUGAGGAGGCCCUCCUCACCCUACAGGUACCGGUCGCUGUCAUCCGCGCAAACUCUAAAUGGUCAAAGUUUCUCCUCCAUGGAAUCCCCACAACGGUCGGGGAGGGUAUCGAGGCGGGACAAUUGGUAGCAUCAGAAAUCAGAAGCAACUAUGGAGAGAACUUCCAACUUGCCCAGGUUCCCCGCUGGAUCUCCAGGGCAGAGGCUCGAAUGGAGAAAACCCACUCAUCAAUGGUCAUCGCGCUCCCAGGACAAAUUACAAUGGAAACACUAGGAGUUAAAUUCCUAUCUCUCUUCAACCGAAGCUGCCAUAUCGAGGCCUUCCUCCCAACCUUCCCGGAUACCCAGUGUGCGAAAUGCCUCGAGUACGGCCACCGCCAGGAGAAAUGUAAGAACAAUGGGAAAUGCGGCCACUGCGCCGGAGAUCACCUCACCAGUUUCCACCCAUGCAAUGAAUGCCAGGGAGGAUAUAGAUGCACCCACACCCCAAUCAGAUGCCUGAACUGCAAAGGAAUCCAUAAGGCCUCCGACCCAGCGUGCCCCGAAAGAGUCAAACGCCGAUUCCUCAACAAAGGAAAGGAAAACGCCCUACCCGCCCAAGACCCACCUGCCGCACCUGCCCAAGAGUUACUCCCAAUAGUUCAAGUACCAGCUACCACCCCAGUCGGAGCCACACCCGUUCCCGAAGACGACCAACACAUGACAAAUAAUGCCUAG